GAGAUGCUGCGUGUGUGUAAUUUUAUCCACGCUGCACUCUGGGAGUUCACACGAGCCCGAUACCUUUUGCCUCCUCUGCUUUGUAUCAAUUGGUCGCAGAUCGGGCUAUUGUUGCAGGAAGCGGCUUUUAUUUCUAUGCUCUGCCGAUCAGCUAUUUUCCCCGCGGUCUCCUGCCGAAUUUCAGUGGGUCUCUCCCUCUCCCCCCUCCUCCUGCUCCCGGUCUCUCAUGCGUGCCGUCUGGCUAGCUGGAAACCCAAGGAGAAGGCUGAUCGCGGCAGCUCCAUCUAAUACAAACAGCUGGGACUCCUCGGUGGCCUUUGCCGAUGUCUAUUGAUUUAAGUAAAUCUGAGACAGAUAAAAGGGCCGGAGCGAGGCCGGUAGGAACUCGCCGAUGCUUCGCCACCCGGACCGGAGCGCGCUUCGCCAGCCCGGCGUGCCGCUAGCGAGACGUCCCUGAUGGGACCCCCGGUGCCGCUCUCUCCAAGCCUCCGUCGCCCCAGCAGACUGCUCGCCGCGGCCAUCAUGCCACAAUGCUCGUAAUUUGGAUCUUGCUCCUGAGCCUGUGGCAGCAGCCGUGCGCCCCGGGCCCGGCCGGAGCCUCCCCAGGCGACCCCCGACCGCGCCGGGAUGCGGGGGGCCGCGGCGGCGUCUACGAGCACCUGGGGGGAGCGCCCAGGCGCAGAAAGCUCUUCUGUGCCACCAAGUACCACCUGCAGGUCCACCCCAACGGCAAGAUCAACGGCACCCUGGAGAAGAACAGCGUCUUCAGUAUCCUUGAAAUAACAGCUGUUGAUGUUGGGAUCGUUGCCAUCAAGGGCCUGUUCUCUGGCAGAUACCUGGCCAUGAACAAAAGGGGCAGACUUUAUGCAUCGGAGAGUUAUAACACAGAGUGUGAGUUUGUGGAGAGGAUCCACGAGCUGGGUUACAACACCUACGCAUCCCGUCUGUACCGGACUGUACCUAACGGAGCCAGCACGAAGCGCAAAGCCAGUGCAGAGAGACUCUGGUAUGUCUCAAUCAAUGGGAAGGGACGACCCAGGAGGGGCUUUAAAACUCGCAGGACACAGAAAUCCUCUCUCUUUCUGCCCAGAGUAUUGGAUAACAAAGACCAUGUGGUCCGACUGUUUCACACAAAUACAAGAUAUCGAGAGAGCCUCCUGAAGCCUCCCAGUAAGAACCAGCGAAGAAGGAGAGGACGCUAAUGGGGUGGGGGGACCUUGUGUUGGGACUGGAAGUGAAUGAGAGUCUUCAAAAUACUACUAAAAGAAACUAACAGCUGUGAUUGUAUGGCAAGCAUUAACAUGGGCAUCUUUGAUACACUGUAUAAUAUACCUGAAAGUCACACCACUUACUUUUAGCUGUUUUAGAAUUAUUAUCCAUGGUAAAUAAGAUGUGAGAUAAGCUAAGGCACAUUCAAAUGUAAUUUAGUUUGAUAUAAUAAUUCUGUCGAUGGCUUUCACAUUUUUCUUUUCUUUAAAAAAAAUAAUUGCUAGUAUUUUCACUCUAGCUCACCAUAGGGUACUAUCUCUGUGACUCUGUCCUCCCAGAUCAUAUGAACAUUUUACACUUACCAAUUUUGUGUCUACAGAGGAAGCAUAGCACUUUCAUGGCUCUUUCGGCAGUUGCUCAUAAAAGACUACAUUUCUAUUUGUAUGGAACACAGGAAUCGGAAAACUGGUUUAUCUUGUAACUAACAUAUAUUUAUUUUUAUUAUAUGAUCAUUUAGUAUCAAUUAUUCUUUUUCCAUGACCGUUCAAGAAACCUGAAACUGUAAGCUACUUUAAAUUUUUCAACAGACGCAUUACUGCAGUAUUUCUGAAUUUGUUUAAUUAAAGAAAUAAGACUCCUGACCUCAUCAUUCAAAUAAAUGAAUGUUGGUAAAGUGGCAUUUACAUUUGCCAAACAUUAGCAAUAUACGUAUUUACCAUUUGAUAAAUCCUCUCCUAAAAUAGGUCCCAAGUAUGAUGUGAAAGCUGAGCUUGUGGUAUUGGCUAAACUUGUGAUAUAGGAAAAUUUGGCACUGAGGGUGAGAAUAUUUAUUAAGUACUUUUCUUUAGCUGAGUUUUCUACAGGAAUUUCUAGUUCUAGGUGAAAUAUGUAAAUACGUUUUAACUAUUUGGGAAAAAAAAACAG